AGGCUGCCAGCCUCUGAUUCAGUCCAGUUCAGUCCUCUCCCCUCGACUCCCGACUCCGCCCGCAGCCACCAUGAAAGCUCUCCUCUUCCUCCUCUUCCUCUUCCUCCUCGGACUCCUCUCCGGCGCCACCGCCACCGCCACCGCCACCGCCACCGAUCCCGCCGCCUACCCCACUAUCCCUGAAUGUUCCGUCUCCGCGGGCGACGAGGAGCUCAAACCUGUGCGUCGAGAGAUCUAUGAUGGUGGCCGAAUCUUUGACAUCAGCCACCGCAUCACCUCCCACAUGCCCACCUGGGGUUCCACGGAGGGACUGGGCCAGUUCCUCUGGCUCCCCGCUAGCAUGAAGAACGGGUCCCUCGCGAACAACUCGGAGAUGAAGCUCCCCGCCCACACGGGUACCCACGUGGACGCCCCCGGGCACGUCUUUGAUCACUACUUUGAUGCCGGGUUCGAUGUGGACACACUUGAUUUGGGAGUUCUUAACGGUCCUGCUCUGUUAGUCGAUGUUCCAAGAGACAAGAAUAUUACCGCUGAAGUUAUGGAAUCCUUGCAUAUCCCCAAGGGCGUUCGACGAGUGAUCUUUAGAACUCUUAAUACGGAUAGGCGUCUUAUGUACAUGAAGGAGUUUGACACGAGCUAUGUGGGAUUUAUGAAGGAUGGAGCGAAAUGGUUGGUAGAAAACACGGACAUCAAGCUUGUCGGGAUUGAUUAUUUGUCUGUUGCAGCCUAUGAUGAUCUGAUUCCAUCUCAUCUCGUUUUCCUUGAAGGCCGGGAAGUCAUACUUGUGGAAGGCCUCAAACUCGAUGAUGUGCCGGCUGGGAUAUAUUCCAUCCAUUGCUUGCCCCUGAGGCUGCUCGGGGCAGAGGGGUCGCCAAUCAGAUGCAUCCUUAUCAAAUAAGUCAUAGAUUCUCUUGGAGAGUAGGAUGCUGAGGGAUUCCCCGAGGCAGAGGAUUUAACUCUAGCAUACUAUGUUCAUAUCUUUGUAAAUAAUGCCUUUAGAUAUUUUGCGGACAGUGAGCUAUUUAUGGUAGUUUCUUGUUAUAUCAGGCACCAUUAGAAACAUAUUCAACUAGUGGAUUUUCUUUUUCCCUCCCUGGAUAGUGUCUCUUCUGAAAUCCCAGAGCCUUAUUUGGGGUUUAAUUCAGCGGUGUAUCAACAUUAAGCUGCAGCAUGUUUCCCCUGAUUUUUGGACCUUGAGACUGAUAUCGCAGAAUUGAGGCUUUGGAAUCC